AUGGCAGCGGACUUUCCGGGUUACGCCUCGCCCCAACUCUCUGAGGAACUUGAGGAGAGUGAACUCGCGAAAAAGAACGGGAACAAAUGCCUAGGGUGUCUCCGAGACAAUGUUUUCACAUUGGCCACUCUCUUAGGGGUUUGUGUGGGUUUUGGUAUCGCUUUUGGUGUCAGAGCCGCCAAGCCGUCCUCCGUCGCCCUCACAUGGGUUGGUAAGUGUUAUCACGUUUCGAAGUUCAUUACGUUGGUGUGUUGGCGUAGCCUUAAAAUUGAUGCGAUUUUCUACAUGAAAAUUGGUUUGUUUUGAAAUGGCUUACUCCACCAGAGGCCAAUAGGAGCAACUUAGGAUUGUGCUCGUAGAGAGACCCUGGUCGCAGCCAGAACCGAGGCUGUGAUCUACGUAGGAAGUUGCCAGUUAGGUAGUCAAUUUAUAUGAUUUCUUCCCGUUCGCAACUAGGAUCAGAAUACGUUUUAUAAUAAAAUAAAAUUGAAUGAGUAAUCAUAAAUUAUUUCACACACGCGCCAGUCAGAGAUGUCAUCGUAAAGGAUAAUUGCAUGAAACUGCAGGCACAGAAGGUCGUCUGCAGAAAUUUCAUUUUUAUAAAUUUUUCUAAUGAUCUUCGACGUGCCUUGAAACUUAAACAUGUUUACUAAAAAGAAAACACACGACAAUAUUCCUUCUGGUGUUCAUUUGGUAGAAAACCACACCUUUUUAAAAUUUUAACUCAGAAAAAGUGGUUAGUUAGGUUUUGCGAAACUAUUCAAUUUAUGAAUACUUUUGAGCUUGAUCUGCUGUCACAUAUGCGUUUAGGCCUUCCCGUCUGCAAGCUGUAGCAUUUCUUGUAAGAAAAAAAACAUAUUCCUUCAUGCUAGCAAUAAGAUACCAUGCAGGGCUUGCAUGCUCUUUGCAAUGACUGAGGACUAUUCUGCGCAAUUCAUGGGGAGCAUCAGUUAACCAACAGAUGCGAUGCUAUUUGAAUAAACAUUACAGGCCCAAAAAAUCUCAUUGUUAGAAACUUUUGCAGAGCCGUAAUAUACCCUUUUUUCAAGUAUAAAAUUAGCACUAGAAGGAAUAUGUUUGGACACGUUCUAAAUGAAUUAUAUUUAUAUGUACAAGGGGUUCGAAAAUCCAUUAAGAAAAUAUGUACCAUAAUUGUAGCCAAUUUUACAGAGUGCGGUUUUUAACAGGCGAAUAAAAAAGAAGUGCAUUUAAAAACUAGCAUCCUAGCGUCCGCGUAAUAUCUUGGUAUUAUACUGCAGGAUAAUCAGUAUUACAGUCCUGUGUGAGAAAUACUUCUAAUCGAAAAUACAUUUCAACAUUUUGGUUAACACUUCAUGAGAUCCGUGACUGACUGUUAGUCUCCUUGUGCACGCAGGCACUGAAGGGUGUAGUUCGUUCGGGGAAUUAACAUUCCACCUGAGGCUGGAAUAACUGUUCGUCGCGUUCGAUCAGUUUGAAGUUCUCUUAGCCAUAAGUUUGACUGCCAGUCCAUUGGAAAGCCUCAAGUCAGCCAGAACUCUGAUUCCCUAAGUGAUAAUGGGACGUCGCGUGUGCUGCCAGAGAAUUAAUUUCAUGCCGUCUUAAAACGCAUCGAAUCAACUGGUUGGACUCACUGACUUCAACUAGGACAUAAUUACUUAGGUGAAGUAUAGGGCUUUUGAGUGCCAAACAAGAGCCAAAGUCCCUACGUAUUCCGCGCAUGGUGGCUUCCCACAAGGACAUUUUACAGCCAAUCCUGCCGAUCCGGCUCGAAAAAGAUCGCUACUGAAGCAGCUUGUAUUUUUCAUGAUAAAUAUAUUAUAGUUCUUUCGAGUUUAGGUGGGACAAGCGAACAGGAACUUCUCCCCUAAUAGGGGUGGCCUCGCAUUAAAUUCCAGGGAGAUCAGGGUUACAUGUUAGGCUCAGUGUUGGGAUACGGUAAUAAGUCCCGCUCCUGGACUUUAGCUCAAGGUCAUCUGUAUUACGCAGAAGUUUACUUUAUGCCUCACUCACCCAAGUUUAUUUGUUUUCACUUUCCUGGGGAGUAGUUACGUCUUCUGCAAGGUUGAUUCCAAGAAGAAUAUGUGCGUCAUUUCGCGAAAACUAGGCGAUUUAGUGUCUUGCCAAGAACUUUAAUUCAUUAUGUACAGCGAGUGACCGAUCUCAUGAAAUGUUGGCCGAGAUUCUGAAAUGCGCUUUCGACUGUGGUUUUAACAUUGAUUACCUUGCGGCUUAAUCCAUGAUAUUUCGGGCCCACCAGGAUGUCCCCUUUUAAAUGCACUUUUUUGUGACUUGCAGAAACCAAAUUCGGUAAAAAAUGACUACUUAUUUAGCAUGUAUUUUUUCACGUUGAUUUUCGAUGGUCCUAUAUAUUUAAAUAUAAUUUAUGGGAAACAUGCACAAACUAUGCUUUCUUUUACUGGGGUGGUAGAAAAUUACGUUGUCUUAUCGUUUUAUACUCAGCAAGAGGAUAUCUUUCGGUUUUAAAAAGUUUUUAUUUAUGAAGUUUUUAAGACCGUGCAAUGUCCAUUCAUACAACAUCAUGCCUCUCCGUCUACUAAUGUUCGUCAUUAAGUGUGUGACAUAGCCUCCAUCCAUUACAAAAUUUUAUGAACUCUAUGUUGUAUUUUUUAAAGGCAUAGAGGAAUAUAUGAUUUUAGGCGGAAAACAUGGUUUUAGAAACUGUAGAAACUGCGUCCUAUUUAAAAAGACGGCGAAACGACGGGAGGUUUUCGAAGGAAACCUACCUCGUAUAACUUUAAACAAAACUCAACUUCGUACGAGACUUCCCUGGGAAAUAAACUCAGUCGGUUCACGUUAAAAAGGUUGCCCCAAUUAAUCUUAGCGUUGAAUAAUCAUGACAAGAUAAGCCGAUAAUGCAGCUAUUUUUUUAUGAACAGAGUAUCCAUAACUGUCUGAGGGAGAUUUCAUUAGGAAACCGGUCUGCCAUGCCGCCCGAAUUAAAUUGAAAGAGUGUUUUACAUCACCCAGUAUCGCAACCCACUUCUACCGAUUUUUACCACUUGUAAGUAUGUGGUAAUUUGGCUGCGGCGAACACCGCCGAUGAGGUCUAAUUUUAGCGCGACCGAAUCCUCAGGAUAAGCUUUUGAGAUACGAGCGCUGGGUCUGUUGGCCCUAUGACACGCCCCUGCUGGAGCGAAUUAUUUGCAACAAAGCGCUUCGAUUAAAACAUGCGUAAUUUAAGGGCUUCUGGUUUUGCAGUUAACGUAAACAAACAAGAUUGUUUUGUAUAAAAGCGCGUCGGGAAUCAACAGAAAGAUGCAUACUAAUUAGGUAGUCACCUUUCGUCGAGUGCUGUUUUUGUAUACAGUCGACUACUGAAGUAGCAUGCAAUUUCCUCAUUGAUUUUCGAUGGCCUUGAAAAUGCAAUUAUAUUUCAUGGAAAACACGCAAAAAAUAUUCAUUCUUUUACUUAUUCGGUAGAAAAUCACGUCUUUUUCCAAUUUCAUGCUCAAUAAUAAUAGUAUAAUUCGGUUUUAAAAAGUUUCUAAUUGUGAGAUUUUUUAAUACCGUUAAAUGGCCGUUCAUGAAACGUCAUGUAUCUGCAUUUACAAAUUUGGCUUGUAAAUUUAACAAUAUUGCUCAAAUUCACUGCUUAAUUUUAUGAACCUCAUAUGGUCUCCUCUUAACACCGUAGAGAAAUGCAUGGUUUUCCGUACACGGAAGCUAUACAGCUUGUGGUUUUGAAAUCCUGAAUGCAAGUGUAACGGCAGGUCGGGUUCAAAAUUAUUCGGGAAUUAGAAAAGUUUUUUAAAACCGAAUUGUACUCUUCUUUUGAGCAUGAAAUUGAAAGAAGACGUCAGUUUCUACCGAAUAAGUAAACGAAUUAAUAUUUUUAUGCAUGUUUUCCAUGAAAUAUAAUUGCAUUUUCAAGGGCAUCGAAAAUCAGUGAGGAAAUUGCAUGCUACUUCAGUAGUCAUUUUUUGCAGAGUAUAGAUCUUGCAUGCAGCCGAAAAUAAGUUCCUUCGAAAGCCGACACUCUGAGGUAACUGGAUCAUUACAGAUUAAUGCUGCACAAUGAUUAGUUUUACAACAAUACUUAAUUUACUUUUUCGAAACGAGAACGCAUUUCGAAAUUUUGCUUGACAUUUCAUGAGUUAGCACAUCUACUGUAUGCUAUUACCGACAAAGACAAGGAAGACCGGAAUGGCCAGUUCUGGCUUAUUAGUGGUCGUGAGCCAGUCAUUCCAACUCUGAAGUGUGGAAAAUCUGGGGAUCGAUCUCACGCCCAUCCACCAUUGUACAUUCCCGAUCGCAACCGACAGGACAACGAGCUCGUGGCUCAGUGAUUAAAGGCGUUGGACUUCUAACUGGCAGGUUGCGGGAUCGAGCCCCAGGUGUUCCACACUUCGGCGUGGUGUAUGACUGGCUGACGCCGGUUAAUAAGGCAGAAAUGAUCAUUCCAGUCUCCCUUGUCUUUGUCGGUAAUACCAUUCUGCCUCUAUAUCAUGCGCCGCCGUGCGGCUGCUGGUUGGGCUCGGGAGAGAGCCUGCAAGGCACAACGGAACGAGUGAGUUCCGCGAACAGCGAUCGGUGAGCGUCCCUACACCAUAAUCAAUAUUACAACUCCUCUUAAGCGAUUCUUAUUAAGCGAAAAAGCAUUUUAAACUCUGGCUGAAUAUUUCAUGUGAUCGGACGCUGACGGCGGACACCCAGACAGAGGUCAUUGUUACUCUCAAUAGCUAACCACGCACCGGACCAACGGGUGAGACAGCGAACGCACGCUGAUUGGUCGGCAACAUUGCCAGAGCUCCGCAUCGGUCCGGCUUUGCGGGGGCCCUUCGGUGUGUGCCCAAUCCGGCGUGUUUAAGUGGGCUUGCUGUUCACUUUUCAGGCUCUCCUUAUCCUGUGUUUAGAAUAUGAUUUCAGAAUCAGAAUUUAUUUUGAAAUCGUGCGAAUAUAAACCAUAAACCAUGAGUAAGUGCAUGCACGGGAAGAAGUGGGGUAAAAAUGCACGCUUAGGCUAAAAUACCGCUUAAAUCGCGAGAACUUGGAUAAGGUAGAAAGCUACUACGAGAUUAAUAGGAAGAACGCAAAGGAGUGAGAUACCGAGCGGUCCUGGGCAAAUUUCACAUUAUGGCUUUUUAAAAAUUGUUUCAGCAAUGCCAGGGGAUAUCUACCUACGACUUCUCCAGUUGACAAUCCUUCCGCUGAUCGCGUCGAAUAUUCUCCUGGGUUUGUUUAUUCUUCUAUUUUUUUCCUUUUACUCGCAUGCAACAGUUUCUCAUGCAAAUGCCAUUCAAAAUACAAGGGGACAGACCAGUGCUGGGAGGUUUAGUGUGAAGGAAAGGUCUCGACAGGCAUUGUCAAUAUUAUAGGAUGUCAAUAUAUAGGAUGGUGACCGGCAGUAAAAUGAGCUCGUGGUCCAAUGGUUGGGGCGUUGGACUCCUAACCAACAGACCGCAGGUUCGAGUUUAGGGGCUGCAAAGCCUGGGGUGGAGUACAGAUGACUGGUGAAUGCCAAUAAGUUAUAAGUGGUCAUUCCUGUUUCCGUUGUCUUUCUUGUAGUGCUAUUCUGCUCACUGAACUCGUAACGAGAGCGGCGAAAGCCCCCUUACCAUUAUAUAUAUGUAUAUAUUGCAUAAGCAGCUCACUAAAAGUGUCACAGGCCGGACGCAGACAGCUGUUUCACAGUCGUUACCGAUAAUCAGUACGUCGUGGGCCUCAUAUAUAAAUAUAUAUAUAAUAAGUAAUAAUAAUAAAUAAUAUAUAAAUAUGUGUAUAUAUGUGGACAUUGAUCUUAUAUCAUAGCAAUUGCCCACGAAAUGUAAAAACUUGAUUUCUCCAGGCCUUCGGGGUUUGCAUCCCCCGCCCCAGAGGUGAUUUUACGGAUGUCUCAAAUAAUUAUUUAAUAAAUCGAUGUGAUUAAAAGCAUUGUACCUCUCGGUCGGAGCCACGAAGCUCGAGUGGUUAGAGCGUCGGUGGUGCGCAGGCCUCGAACUCUCUGUUGUGAGUUCAACUCUCACGGAGGCCUGAAAUUUUUUCGAAAAUGGGUCAGAUGAGAUUUAUUCAAGUCGCUUAAGGCACAAUGUCUCCCGCCCCCUUUACUUAAUAUCUACACGGUCGAUGCAACUGGGCAGGCCCUGCGGCGUUACUCCGCGCGUUUGGUGCCCCUACUGAUGCGAGGCGACUGCAUGACCUAGCCGCAAGGAAAGAGACACGAUCGUUGGAACAAGACCUUUAUUAGCCUGACGUUUCGGAUUCUCACUCGAAUCCAUCAUCAGAGACGGAGUCAGGUAAGGGUAGUGGAUUGCCCAUGUGCUGUAGCAUUUAUACGAUGGAGCUGCUAGGCCGCUACAUGCCUAUCACAGUUGGCAGCUCCCAGGUGCAUUACAACUUGACUGACCAGAUGUCGAAGCAUGCAAUUCCUAUGUGCCCGUGUGCCAGUCAAGAUUAUCGACUCUCAUGCCCAUCGCAAACAGUCGAGUUGUUGACCGCCGGAUUUCGUUAUCUGUGUGGAAUCUUGGGCAAUUUGGCUCGCUGACACUGACACCAGGAACAGUGCUCAUCCGCACGCUCUCCUUGCGGCUAACUGCUUUGCCUAGGCAGAGUGUCAGCAACGAAUAUGGAGCGGGGAGGUCGUUGCGAUUGUUCAUUAAUUGAGGAUCGGAAAAUCAUGACUCGAGCAGUUCACGGCUGACGCAGUUUUUGCCUCUAACAAGAAUUUAUGCUUCGUCAAACUUGAAUGUGUGGUUGGGUCCCUUGAAUGAGUCGCGACGUGGGAGCUGGCGUCGUUCCUCCUCGCUGCUGCUGCUGCGUUCUCGGCAAUCUGCUGCCGGUGUAGCCUUCCCGUUUCCGACCCGGAUUAACCUUAAUUAGGCACAUUCAUCUCUUUGAACGGUCGUAUAACGUGCAGAGGAAGAGUAAUAGUUCUCUAAUGAUAGCGAGUUACCUCUCCGCAGCACUACUUUCAUAAAAGGUCCUGUCUGGUUAAACCGGUCCCCUCAAUAAAAUGGACAAUAAGAGUGCGUUGUAAUGCAAUCCUCGUGGAUAAUAAAACUCCUAAUCUCUUCUCUGGACAGACGUUUAGCAGGUCAGAAUGAACGUACGGUCGCAUAAAGUUCAGUGACAGAGUAAUAUUCCUCUACUGAUAGCGCGUUACGUCCCUCUACAGGGCUUCUGUCAUUAAAGGUGUGGUCGUGUCUCAUUAAAAUCGUCCCUUCCCAAUAAAAUGGGCAAUAAGAGUGCGUUUUAAUGUAAUUUUCGUGGAAAGUAAAACUCCUAAUCUCUUCUCUGGACAGAGGUCUAGCAGGUCAGAAUGAACGUCUUAGUCACGUUGGCGGUCAUUAAACAAUAAAGUGUCUGACUGUGCCCCUAAGAUCACGACAUGAUUGGUUAACUUGAUUAUUCUCUCGCCAAAAUUGUAAGGCCGGAGCUUUUUGUUCGAACUAUACGGUUAAACUUACAAGGUCGGCACAUAGGCGUUUAUCAGUAGAUUGCGCCCCGGCAGAAGACUUUUUUGCUCUUUGACGGCGCAAAUUACUGAUGCUCCUACGUGGGUCAACCGAAACCGAUCGAAGUCUAUUCAGCCAUUGGAGGACCUGUUUUCCGGCAGGCUACCUGCCACUACUCAUAAACCCCCUAUCGAACAUUUUAGAUGCUUGUUACCUACAUUUAUGGCUGUUUACCGGCUGACCGUCCACGGCUUCUUCAACUUAGCGGAUUUUUGUUGGACAAUCUAACAGGAACUUCAAUUCAACCUCCAUUACCGCUUGAUGCUCCCCGUAUCUUACGAUAACUGCUGACAGAACUGCUGCUUUUAAGUUGUCCGUGCACACGUAGUCAUGGUGACAGAGAACACCGGACGCAGUAUUCCUGAAGCUUGGGUUUUGUUCUACUCAUAAAACUAGCAAUGAAUAAGGGGACAACGACAAAUACAGGGAAAGGCGAUACGGUCGUUUCUGGUUUGUUAGCCGUCGUCAGUUGGCUAUGCUUAACCACAUGUCUGGAUGGCACGGGAUCCGAACUCAGGCUCUUUGGCCACCGGGUACUAGGCAAUCCAGCCAUCUACCAUUGAGUCAAGGAUCUGUUGUCUUCUCGGUCUUGAUCGUGACUAUUAAUUAUGGCAGAAGGACGCGGAACGAGCACGUCUCGCAACCUGGCCGGUGAGCGCCCAACCAACAUUUUUAAUAGCGCCUCAUACUCUUAGCAGGGUACUAGUAAAUAACUGGAAAUCACUCAUCUAUAACUUCCUGAUACAGUCAUUAAGCUAUCUAGGCUCGAAUAAGCCAGUUUUAAAUCUUAUUAACCACGUACUGACCCACUCAAAAGGGCGCGGUGCCAUAGGAGCACUUUUAUUUUCAUGACUGAUACUUCAAGAUUAAUCUGGUAUUUAAUACUUCAAAUGGGUUUUUAUCUCCUUGCUUAAUCCAUCUAAAUUCGCUCCCCGUUGCAAUCACAAUAAUUUGGCACAGUAUGAGAUUAUUUGUUUUGUCGCUCGGGAUGAGAACGACGCUAACGCUGAUUGGCCAUGAAAGUUACCUCCAGUCAAAGCAUCCGCCUCCAAAUUAAACACCAUGGAACGGAAUCCGCAAACACACAGCCCAAAUUGAACUUGUUGAUGCUAGUGCCGCACUGAUGGGUUGCGUCUUAGUCUUCAAAUCCCUGAGUCGGGAUAAUUACGAGGAAAACGGUGGAGGAUACCCCGGCGCUGAAACCAGGUCGGCGAAAAAUAACUACUCACCGAGGGCACCUGCAGUUAAUGUCUGUUAUCGGUAGAGAAGGUGUACGAGAGAACGGCCAGGCUGAAGUAUAAUCACCCAUCCCCUUGAAAUGAAUCCCCUGAUCGCACUGUGGACACGGAAACGCCCAAUACCACUCCAACGCAACUACUACUGAAUAUUGCACCAUCUCUGUUUAAAGUAAAGUCCCAUUAUGUUUCCCGUGGAAAACUACCAGGGUUUUUUUGGGACUUUGGGAGGUACAUUGUCUCUAAAGUAAACAAAGAUGAUAAACAUAUACAUUCAAGUGUAUCCUUUUCAGUGUAGAUAGCUAAAGGUUGCCUGUACUACUGCAACCUGAGUAGGCGAAAUUUGAAAAGUAACAUUUCCGACGUCUAUGACCCAAUACGGACGUUGAGUUGCGUAAGGAUGAAUUUCAAGCAGCAGUUUUUUUAUAUUCUAGUGGAAGCAGCGGGCUGUUUUCUUUGCCUCUACUGCCCACUGCUUUUCCAAAUAACUUGUUCAAAUAGGACUGAAGAUUGAGAAAGAACCCGCGAGUGUCACAUUGAUUGUUCGUCACGAUUUUAGGGGUGACACUGCGGACCGGAGACCGAGGUCUUGUCUGAUCCCUCCUCCCUAAUUUCCAUUAGAUGGCUUUCUAGGUGUGCUUUUCGCCAGCGUCGACGAGGCUCUACAACUUGAAGUACCUUAACAGUGGCGUAAAUCGAUGCAUCCUGACGGGAGGACCACAGUAGUCCUUCCUUCCACGCCCAUGGAUCUCCAGAUGUAGACUUCACGCGCAGGGGCUGCAUGGUGACUAGCAGGGCAUUGUCGGUUGGGUUGACUUAUAGCCAUUUCCUCUUUGUCAAUAGGAGCGAAAAGGCGAGUCCCAGGAAGCAGUCCUGAAGGAGGAGACACCAUCGAUGGGACAAGAGUUUUAUUAGCCUGACGUUUCGGAUUCCUGCUCGAACCCAUCAUCAGAGACAAAAGCAGAUAGGGGUGGUUCAUUGCACAGUUGGACAUUUCCCAACACCAGGGUCGGCGCGUCAGAUGGUCGAGCAAUCAUUACACCAACAUCCAACGCACGUGAUAAGAUUGCAGCAAUUAACGACGCAAAGGUCGGCCAUCAAACAGUCAUCACAUCAAGUGCAACGAUCCCUAAUGAAGGGGGGAUUCGUGAACAUUCAUAGGUAUGCGGUAUCAUGGCGACUGCAUCCUAUAAAUACUGCUGCAUCUUGUUCAUGAACCACCAGUAUCUGCUUUUGUCUCUGAUGAUGGGUUCGAGCAGGAAUCCGAAACGUCAGGCUAAUAAAUCUCUUGUCCCGGCGAUCGUGUCUCCUUCAUUCUCUCUUUCCUAAAAUAGUGUCCCAGGCCACUUAUGAUAUGGCUGAUUUACCGACGUCCUUGUGCUAUCUACCAAUCAAUCUUCCCACCUUUCUGCACGCUAAAUAACCCUUAACUAGGAGUAUAGAAGAAAUGUAUUAGACUUCUCUUGAGCGAGAAAAUCACUUCCUUCUACCAGUUGUGAGGUAAUGAGGUUGGGUUCAACAAUCUCCUUUUGAAUUUUUUUAUUUUCCGAUGCUUUUCUUAGACAGUCUGUAACCAAUAGGGAUUUCAAAGACGUCCUCCUAUCCUUCCCUUAAUAAAACUGAACUGAACACCCGGCGUGGCAUGAUAGGCUCUCGCUCUUCUCUCUAUCUCUCUCUCUCUCUUUCUGUACCACUCACAUACGGCAGUAGUUGAAGGCUCCCGCAAGCUUAAUUCAGCUAGACCAACGCGUGCCAGAGGCCAGUAAUGAACUCUGUGGGCCUAACCGUUCCAAGUGACAUUCUGGGGUAGGGGGUGAGGGCGUAGCCAUAAUCCAAUACAAUCCAACAAGUGUUGCUACCUCAAACGCACACGGACCAUCCCAAACCGACCAUGCUCCAACUCCGGAAGGACACCUGGCAGCUAAAUUCGAGUCGGUUUUUUGUCGAGCAUUUUCAAGCCAAAUGCUCUGUUACUCGCAAUAUGAACUCAGGUCCCGUUAGUUGACUGCUAGUUGUAUUGCAACGACCGUAGAUGGAUCUAUACGGGCAGUUUUGGUAACUGAAGCACCAUGAGAAACCACAUGGGGACGUCGGAGUUGGAGGGGAGGGGAAAGAGGGAUGGUUAUAUUUCAGUCUUGCCAACGCAACGGCUUAUUAUAAGGCGGGACGCGUCUCUACCAUUUUAGGCCUAUUGACCUGCAGCGUGGGAUGGAGGGGAAGUGCGCAUCAAACUUCUGCAUGACGGGAUAAGGCCAAGUUUUUUGCGAUCAGCGAAGGGUAUAAACUGUGUGCAGAAAGACGUCAUGUGCCCGGCAAAGUGAAUGCAAAACCGGUGGCCUGCGAAUGUAAGACUUUAUAAAGAGGCGGGCUUGCACAGUGCCUGCUGCACUCGCUCCUCCUCCGCCCACUUUGCACCGAUUGCAAGAAAAUGUCGUAACAACGACAUUUUGGCGGCUGACAAAAAAUGAACAGCUCCUCUAUGCGUGCCACACACACCAAUUGGUCCUCAAGGACAGCUUGGAUCUCAUACACGUGGUAGCGCCCCGUCAAUAAGGAGCCAUUGAGCCUGAUUCUCAGUGCAGUGGUGGGUCGUGAUAGCUUCAAGCGCACGAAGACGUAGAUGGCAGUCACGUGAAGGACGUUUCAUGCCAGAGCCACACAAACGUGAAUGCAGUGAACCGAUAUAGACGACGGCGCAGUUCAGAUCAGCGUGAGAGAGUGAUUUCAGAUGAGAUUUUCGGAAGUCGCAAUAAUUAGAGCUAGCUGACAGUGGCAAGUGUCGGAGGUACGCGAACGUGAGGAAAUCAUCCGUGAAGUAGAAAAGAGUUCACAUAACAUGCGAAAGGGUUUCACCAGACAAGUCAACGCAACCACAGCAAGUGCAUGACAUGGUGUAGAUAACGAGCCAAGGGACACCUUUCGCGAGAGGCCUUAAAUCCUCUGGUUCACCGUGUGCGCCGCAGUCGGUGGAACACGACUGCAACCACAGCACUUCGAUCCUGUUGGGCAUAUGCUCCUUUCAUCGGGAGUCAAUGGGGAUAGGCCUUUAUGUCUGAUUUUGCCCGCUUUACUCCCAAGGACGAAGAAAGUCAGCUUUACUUUUGGAUUUUUGUAACACAACGGCCAUAUACUGAAGUUCGGUUAACUGAUAGAAAUUCUGGAGGGGGCGACAAUUUCAAACAUUAUGAUUCUUAGAUGUUUUUGGCAGAUUUUGAAUAAUUCAAAUUGACCCAACUGUGAAAACCUCGGCGCCCCGGUGGGAUUCGAACCCAUGCAGUAAGGGGAAGGCUUUAGUACAGUCAACGCUCUAACCACAUGAGCUACGAGGCCCCGCCGGACGACGCGAGUCUAGUAGCAUUUGGAUCAAGUUACCCGCCCAACCUACUGCAACGUCAGGAAUACACCAAAUCGGAUACAGUAAGUUGACUGCCCAAGCGGGAUUUCCUAAGUGAUUCGCCUAGAAUCCACCAGCUGACUACCAGGCUCACAUAAUUCAUGGAUGUCUUUGGCAGAUUUUGAAUAAUUAAUAUCCACCCUUUAGGAUUCUACUGAAGGACGUUAGACGGAUCGGCAAUUUUGAGUUUAUGGUUUAGGAAACUGAUUGUUAGUCGAUUCAGCCCGGCUACAGAUUCGAUGUCGUAAGACCUGAAGAUCUGCUAAUUUUCGGAAGGACCAAUAGGACCUUAUUUCUGGACACAAACGCGUUUUUCGCACAGCCUGCAAAACCUAGGACACACCAGCCGGCAGGCUUUUUAAGCGUUCACAAAAGCGCUCAUUCGGGUCUACAGAGACCCAUUAUUUAAGCUAACCGACUGAAAACGUUAGAUGUCAAGCGUCGCCUCAAAUACACGGAGGCUCAAAUAAGCCCUAGCUCCUGUCUGUUCCUGGAAAUACGUGAGUUUAGAAAGCAAAAUCGUUUGUGACUGCGUCUAGAAACCUUUUUUACUGAGCGGUAAAGUAUGAUGAGGCCUUAAGUAGAAACUCUAAAGAAGUGUUUAUUUUUUUAAACAAACGUUAAACCGACUCUUUUGACCCCUUUAGUGAUUGCUGCUCUGGAUCCGAAGAAAAAUGGACGGAUCAGCAUUAUUGGGGUGUCCUAUGUGGUCCUGAUAAAUCUUCUGGGCGCAGUCAUCGGCACAGUCUGUGCCUCAAUUAUCAAACCAGGUACGUUUCUGUCGCGAUGUUGUGAAUGAGAUGAUGCAUUGCUGCGUGUGUGAGUUUACAUUCGAAAGAAGCUCUCGACUAAUUAAAAGGGUGUAACCUGACAAGGAAUUGGUAUUCAUAAUACACCACAUGUAAAAAGUGCAAAAAAAUGGUAAAGCGACCGCUCGAUGGGGGCCGGAAGGCGGCUUCCAGGAGGCAAUUUAGAAGAGGAAUACUCGACAGUCUGAGCGGGCAUCUCAUCAGAGGCAAUAGGAGAUAUGAGUAGGAGAAGCUCAAGGGUUUGUUGUAUGCAUGGGAGGUGGUCGCUAUGUCGUCAAGCAUUUACUAAACUAAACAGAAACCGCAUAUAUCGAUGGUUGUUAUGGUUAGAGUAGUAACGUCUCAACUAUUCAUACCGUAGUUGGUGACUGUCACCAUUUCACUAGCAGUAAUAAUUGUUGGUGUACUAUUUGGUCGGCAGUUUGACUCGCCGACGCGGUCAACGGAAGUAGUGUUAGUUCUCAUGCUUCCCGUUUGCUUAUGCGAAGCCUGAGGACUGAAUAUUAAGGGGAGAUAGAGCUGCGCUUGUUAACUGACUGCGGGUCGGAGACUUAGGACGUAAGGAGCUCACAACUCACGCGGCUGUUACGACUCUCGUACAGUUUGGGCGUGUGAUUAGUUCGUGUCAAAUGAAACGCGCCGCGAGAGCUGGCCUCAUCUCCAUCGCUGUUGCUGCGUGCUCGGUCAUCCGCGUCCGGAAUACUCUCUGAUUCAAGUUGCCUUCGAACGAGACAAGGUGUAUGUCGGUCCCAUUAUUUGGCGCCUGAUGGUUGCCUUCGGUCCUUGUUAAACCGCAGCCCCGAGUGGCAUGAGAAUGCGGUUGACGGCUUCUGAGACGUGCCUGAUGUACGGAGCGCUUGCAAAAAUAUGACUGCGGUGAAAUUUGACCUUGUGUCCUCUGCCCGUGCAGCAGUAAACAUUCGUUCGGAUCAUCCGUUGAAAGUGUUGUGAUUUGUAAACCGUGACGUUUGAUUUACUGCAGCGCGUUCCAACGCGCCGAUGCAGUCCUCGCGCAACUGCGUUUGUGGUUGAAGCUCAGAGCUCCCUUGGUAUUUGUUUCUUUCUUAAACUAUGGUUUCUAUGCGACCAAAAUGUUUGCUGCAGUAGUGGACACAAAGGAGUAACUUCAGGUUGGGACCGUCCUUCUCCAUCGGGAAAUAUAUGUCCAGGAAGUCCGUGCUAAGAUGUUUGUUAAUCCCGUUCGAUGACUCCUAAGGCACUGUCUACAGAUGGAGCCCAACGUUUUCGGUGUGCGACGCUGAAAGACUGGUGAAUCCAACAGCUUCGAAACCACAUCGGUCACGAGUUCACAAAUCGGCGAACCAGGUGAUGUGUCUUUCAUCUGCUCGUUAACUGUCUCGUCAAACGUGAAGUAGUCCUCGUGGUAGAACUUCAGCACCUGGAAGAUUUAAGCAGAUUCUGCGGAAUUGAAGUAGACACCUACGUGAUGCCAAUAGAAGCGAAGAGACGACUCCCAGGAAGUAGUCUUAAAGAAGGAGACACGAUCGCUGGGACAAGAGCUUUAUUAGCCUGACGGUUCGGAUUCCUGCUCGAACCCAUCAUCAGAGAAAAAAGCAGAUACGGGUGGUUCAUGCACAAGGGGCUGCAGUAUUUACAGGAUGCAGUCGCCAUGAUACCGCAUACCUAUAAACGUUCACGGCUCCCCCCUUCAUCCGGGAUCGUCGCACUUGGUGCGUUAAUUGUUAGAUGGCCGACAUUCCCGUCGUCAACUGCUGCAAUUUGGGCACUGCCGCCAAAGAGGACAACUCCCGGUUCUGUGCACAAUAAACCCCUCAUUCUGGUGCAUUUUGUCUCCCUACAAAUUGGGAUCUGACCCGACGACGGUGGCGCACAGACAGGGACACACUCACACCGCCUGGUCACAAAUCUUUACUUCCGGGUCGUAUUAGCCGUUAGGAGUGGUCUCUAAUUUUCGUUUGUAUAUUCUGCUCUGACGCAGAUCGGUCGAUUAUAGCUUCUAAUCCCUUUUUGUUUAAUUUAAUUUUAGGGAGUGCUUGAAAGGUCUGAUGUGUUUUUAUUUUCUAGGAAGCAGACAACUGAUUACUCCGCCCUCAUCAUCCGGAAAUAAUGCCCUAACAGGAACCGGUCUCACGGCCUCGGAUGUUUUUCGUGACAUGUUUUAGUAAGUUGCCAUUUGCUUUGUUGGGGAUCACCUUCGGAGCCCAUUUUCUGUCUACUUUGAGGUUGUAAACUACGGAAUAGAACUUGGAGGCGUUUAUCUACUGGGAGAGCCGACUCGAAUCGGCAACGGUAGGGUGUAUGACCACAAUUAACGCGAGGUAGCCAGUGGACCGUGUCAUACGGAAAUCGUGAUAGAGAGGGUUUUACGGGCGGGGCGAAACCUAGGACAGAGAGCAGGCGCAAUGCAAGAAAGCGCAGAAAAUAACUACAUUUCCGUCGAAAGCCUUGACAACGAAGGUGAGCUCAUUAGUAAAGAAUUUAAGGAAGGGUCACAGUAGAGUUUUAGAACGCCGUGUAGAUGGCGUAUGCAAAACGGUUCACAGGCUUCCGCAAGUUAGUUGGGGUCAUACACCCAACCGUUGUUCUCUAAUCUAGUGCAGCAUGCCGAAAGUAGCAUAUUUCCUGGACAGGAGUACCGGCGAAUAUGAGCUAGGGAUUAGGAUGGCUAUUUUUUAUUAACUGACCGCCGUCAGGCAGCCAAAAAUAGUGUGUUUUCAGGAGAAAAGUGUCGACAAAGACAAGUGAGAGAGAGAGACUAGGAUGGCAACUUCUGAUUUACAAAUCGUCGUCAGCCAACCCCACCUAACUCCAGACCUGAAGGAGCUAGGAUUCGAACCCAGGUCAUCGUGAAUUGAGCAGUCCAAUGCUCCACUGUUGAGCAACGGAUCUGUUGACUUGUCGAUUGGGAUCAGGAAUAGCACCCAGGAUGGCAGGGCGUUCACCGUUAUUCCUCCCCUGCCAAUAUUGUUGGUCACUAUUUGACUCCAUGCAAAAGCACCUGAUUGGCCUCUAAGGCGCAUCGGAUUGUGCAUUGGGGCACGCGUUAAGGAGAUCAAAUUCUACCGCAGGCAAAAUUUUUACAAGCGCUUUGUCCAUCCAAAAGACAGAAAACAUACACCUGUUCUUUCGCGAGCCUUGUACGUCAACUUUUCAGCGUUCAAAAUUUUUAAAGCGGCCUUUGCGGGGCUUUUGUGGUUGUUUUGAGGAGGAAAAAGCAAAAAGGGAGUGCUGUAUGUGUGGUGUCAGUGUGUGAAGAGUGCGUUUCACUUUAAAUUAACUUGAUCGCGGCAGUAAUUUGGCGAGUUGGUCUCCUAGUACUCCUUUGGCACCAAACAAACUGUCCAUGUGGUUUCAUAGUCGGACCGUGAGUGAAGGGGAAGCCUUUAAAGAGCUCGUUAGGGCAUGUUCUUGCGCAGCCGUUCAAGUGGCAACAUAGUUACGUUGUUCUCGCCCUUUAUUUUAGCAACCUCUUCCCCGACAACAUUGUUGGAGUGACUAUAUUUCAGGUAACACCAACUUUUUUGUGCGUCCAGAUAUUUAACCCACAUUUUUCACUGGAUUGAUGCUGUAAACUGACCUAAGAAGGACCAAAAAUGAGUCCGAUGUGGGAAAGAAACAGUUCAUUCUUGAAAACCGCAUGGUAGGGAUAGUCGUCUCACUGUUCUGAGUUCGCAGUGAAAUACGGCGGUCUUGUUUCAGUGUAGUAAGAAACACUUCCUGAAACUCACAUUUUCGCUCUGAUCGGUGGUAUUGGUGUUACAGUCUGCACAGACGGAGUGUCCGAUGUAAGUCUCCACGAACAAUUUACCCGGGUUGGAAUCCCGAGGUUUGUCGGCCUGAGGUUGAUUUACAGAUGACUGACGCUGGUUAAACGUACUUAUUUUACUCCAGUUCUCAUGUGAACUGAAGACGUUAAGAAGGUCCACGAUGAGGUCAUGCUGAUCUGAACGGCAUAAGCAGCCGGUCCACCCAUUUACCCACUCAUGGGUCUACAACUUUUAUUUAUGUCAUUCCUGACCUCUAAGACCCGUUGACCCGCACUUACAAGUGGUGUUUUAAUGAAACGUUUAUUGGUUCACGCGAAAAUAAUCUUUUUAAAUUUUAGUUUCGAACUGAAGUGGUCAACGUUACGACAAUGGAAAAAACAACUGUUUCAAACAAACCCGGGACCAAUAUGAUCGGUAGGUUUUUCAACUCAUCUUAGUAAACAGUAUUUUGUUGCCAUUGGCGAGUCCUUGUUGAGAGGGGGUGCAGAAAAAUAACUGCGAUUUUUUCCUAUUUAAGGAGUUGCGUUAGGUGAAAUACUCAAGGCCCUUCAUAAGUGCAAUUGGGGUAACAGACAUCGGGGUGGAUUUUAGAUGCGAGGUGACUGCCGGACGAUUCCGUUAUUGAUGGAAAGCGGAACGCGGUCACCGAAAGUCAUUUCGUUAGGGGAAUUAUCAGUCACAGAACACCAGAGGGAGAGUUCCAUCGUAGCAGUACGAUUGAGGUCCGGCACAGCGAGUAACGCUGGAGAGUGGCUCCUAGCCUCCUAAUGGUACCAGCACCCUUCGAACAUGGAAUUCCAGAGGGGUUGGACUGACUUAUGUGGACGUCUAAGUAGAACACGAGAACAGGAGCCAACUGUCAUACGGGUGGCUUCUAGCCAGCUUCCAGUCAAAUUAAGGUUGCGGUUAAGGUUAGGGCUAACGUUUAGUUAGCGGUAGCGAUCAAAUUUAGGGUUAAGGUAGGGGUUAGUGUCAACUGCAGACUUAAGGUUUAGAGUAGGGUAACGGUCAAGAUUAUGGCAACGGUUCAGUUUUCUAUCAGGGUUGUUGUUUGGGUUAGGAUACAGGAAUAUCUGGUGCAGGUCUAACUUUAUUACAUGUGCGGGGCGUACCUCUUCCAAUGUCCUCUUCGGGCGGCCACAUGCGUCAGUCCCGCUCCAAGACGUAAUUCCCACCUUAAAAAUGUCAUACUGACUGCAUAUUCGCCCAAAGGCUCACCUGAGGACCGUGAAGCCCAACUCGCACUAUUUCAGCUUCAGCCUUGCCGGGAUGUGUUCUUGGUGGAUUAAAGAAGGCUGACGACGGUAUGAAGAUCAGCUGGGCAUCCCGGUAGUAUGUUAUCCUCAACUGAAUAUGAGAGGGGAUUCAACCAAUCUCAGUAAAAGCUAGAAAAAAAAGGAUUGCGAGGAAUCGUAGGUUAUCCGAGUAGGACACUGGAACAGGGAUUCCAUCGUACUGCUGGUAGCCUUGGACCAAAUUCCAGAGAGAGUAGGGUUAGGACCUGGGGAAUUGGUACCCUGCCAGGAAGUUAGUGCGAGGUCACAUGAUUUACCGGUGGGAUUCUUGUCCUUUAUUGCCCUGAUAUUUGGACAGAAACCAAACUUGUAUCCUAGGAAGAUAGUGCGACGUAAGGUGUGGCUAUGGAGCCUCACCUGAUGGACACAAUACUGUUGACCUACUUAAGUAUUUUGAGUUAGUGUGAUUACGUUGGCCUGGUGUUGCUGUGCGUUGUGGCGUGUGUUCUUUGUUGUCUUGCCUACCACUUUUGGCCCAAUGUCGGCGGUUCUUCUUGGCUGUCGGCCCGUCAUCUCCUUCUGACUUUCGCGUUAGAUGCUUCAGGGUUAGGAUUCAGGGCUGCGGUCAAGGGUUGGGUUUAAUGAGCUAGGGUUUUGGUUGUGGUUAGGGAUUAGGGGGUUAGGGCCAACAGUUAGGGGGGCUGGGGUUAAGGGGUGAGGUUAGGACAAAUAUUUCUCAAUCAUUCAAAGUACAACCGCACAUUCCCAAUAGCUUUUCUUUUGCAAUUACUUGAUUUCGUCGCCUGUGCAUUCCCCGACCCCACCUGUAAAAACACCUGUUACCAUCGGUCCCGUAUUACACUUGGCUGGGGCUUUUUACCUCAGGUGCGGCUACAUAACCAUAUCUGACCUAGUGCGACACCAUAUUCCUAGGAUUUAGCAGUACUCGUGACUCGUGCAAUUUUAUGUCCACUCAGGUCGCGUGAUCUUUUGCCAUGCUGUCUUUGUAAAGCGAACAGCAUCUUUUUGGUUUGAGAACGAUCAAACCCGCCUAAAGGCCCAUUGAUAUAGCUGAUCUAUGAGCAGCCCUCCGUUUAAACCUGCCCUUCGCCAACUUUGCGCAGGCCUCUACUAACCGGCUUGGCUUUGCAUGACUUAGAGCUCAGUAGAGUAGUUUGUUUAAAUAAACAAAAUGGAUGUACGAUAGGGAUGUUGUAAGAUCCGAUCUAAGAGAUGUCUUACCGACGGACGCCCUGGGUUUUACUGACUUUUGCAUCUGCCUGUAAAAAGUAUUGAUGUCGCAAACUGCGUCACCGGCCCAUGACCUCUGGAGAGCCAAUCAGAUGUCAGACUGAACAAUGUGGCACUAGUUGACCUUGAGAAGGCAGCAGAUGACGAUUGGGUAAGCGCCAGUGCGCGUGAUACGGCAAAUGUCGGGGGUGGGGGUGAGGGAGUGGUGAAUUUGACGUAUGUACGUGUACUUAGGAAAAAUAUUUCCCGGGAAAUUCGGUAGGCGACGUAAAAGAUUUGAGCUUUCACCUCUGAGUGCAGUUGGAAUACUUGAUUUAACCGCUUUUUUCUUCUUAUUCAAGGUGUACUGUUUGUGUCGAUUGUAUUUGGCGCAGCGGCUCGCGCCAGCAAGGAGAAGGGGCAACCCUUUCUGGACUUCUUCGCAUCCCUGUCUGAAGUUGUGACCAAAAUUAUGCGGGCUUUUCUCAAGUAAGUACCACCUCCCCCAAGUUAUUUAUGAAAGGAAAGUUGCCUAGCACUGAACCCCAUCUCAGUUCCGAUGUAGCAUUCUCAACUGAAUGCUGCAAUUACUUUUGCUGCAUCUAACCAAAGUCUGAGAUAUCCCAUAUUGAUGACAAAGAAUAUAUAAUCCACACACGUACACACGGGGAUGGGGAUAAACUUUUGCUUCUACUUGAAAAAAUAUCGACCACUGACUGCGAUAUAAUUGAGGGAUGCUCACCGAUCGCAACUGACUGGACAACGAACCCGUGGCUCAAAGGUUGGGGCGUUGGACUUCUAAUUACGUGGUCAAGAGUUCAGGUCUCGGGGAUUGUCCCCCUGGGUCGGGUAUGAUUGGCUGAUGACGGCUGACAGAGCAGAAAUGGACAUUCCAAUCUCCCUUGUCCCUGCCAGUAAUGUCAUUCUGCCAGCGAGUAUUGUCUUUGAAGACGCAAGCAUGUUGAUGUGACCUUGCCUGGAGUCCAAAGUUAGGCCCGCCUUAAUGACGGCUACCAUAGGUCAAGCUAAGUGUAAGAAACAAUAAAAAGGCUUUAUUUUAUGUCGGAGCCUUAAAAUACCGACUCGGUAACGCGCGUUUUGCAGGCGGGUCGAACGGGUGCGAGUGUCUAGGUGGGUCGGCGCAGUGGCUCCCACAACGGGCUGGGCUGGGUACAACUGCCUCACGGCACGCGUUUAUCGAGCUACGCUCAGUCUGCAGGAACCCCUAACUACUGUUAUACAUGCAUUUGGUAGCGGCCCCUAGACGCUGGCUUCCACCCUGCGUCAGAUACUGCCUCCACAACCCCCUUACUGGUUGGUUGACAUCCCUGGACAGUCAACUGUUGCAUGAGAUAGGGGGAAGAGGUAAUAAGAGCGACGCCGGAGAAUCCAUCCCCGCGUCACGCCAGCACAUUCCUCACUAAUAAUAAAUCUAACGCGCUUUAAUCUACCGCGAAGCGCUAAGAGUCUUGCCUCGACUGGUUGUCAUCUGACAGAUUAGCAGGGUCUUCACGACGACCGAGAAUAAGAUCUCAACAUCUUCUCAAUGUGACCUUGGCAAGAUCCUAUUUCGUAGCCGUACCUGUUAGGGGUUAAUGGCUGGGGUUGGGGUUAGGGUCAGGCUGGGGCUAGUCUACUGCAGGUACGACUAAUAAAUAAGACUCGACCGUGACCUUUAUGGCAUUCUCGUGCAUGUAAAAUGCGAACCGACCUAGCAGAGAGCCGGUACAUACAGUGAGUGAACGAUCGCCCGAAAUGUUGGCUGAAAUUCUGAAAUGAGUUUUCGAUUAGCAAGGAUUACUUGGGCGCGGUUACAAUACUGAUUAUCUUGUGGCAUAAUCCUAUGCUAUUUCGAGCUCGGCAGGAUAUCAGCUUUUCAAUCUCCUAUAGAAGCCGUAUUCGGUAAAAGAUGACUACCUAGGUAACAUGCAUUUUUCACCUUGAUAUUCGAUGGUCUCAUAAAUUCAAACAUAUUUUCUAGCAGCCAUAAACUAAAUAUGCAUUUUUUAGUCGUUUGAUAGAGAAUUACGUUUCCUUUAUAUUUUAUACUCAAAGAUGUAUAAUUAGGUUCAAAACAUUUUUCAUUAUGAGAUUUUUUAAGGCUGCGCAUUGUCUAUUCGCAUUGCAUCGUAUCUGGCCGUUUACCACAGCUCCUCAUAAAAUGUAGAACAUUGCCCUCCUCCAUUUCAAAAUUUUAUGGACUCUAUAUGGUAUCUUUUUAAAGGCAUAGAAGAAUAUGUGAUUCUCUUUACACGGACGCAUGCACCUUGUAGACUGAAAUCACACUAAGCGCUUAUGCAACAAAUUAUCAGGCUCCAAAUUAUUCGGCAAUUAGAAAACUUUUAAAACCCUAAUUAUACUCUUUCUUUGAGUAUAAAAUAUAAAGAAGACGUAAUUCUCUAUCAAACGACUGAAAGAAAGCAUAUUUUUGUUCAUGGCGUCUAUAAAUAUAUUUGACUUUGCAAGACCAUCGAAAAUCAGGGGGGAAAAUGCCUACUACGUAAGUAGUCAUCUUUUACCGGACACGGCUUCUACGGGAGAUUGGAAAGCAGUGUAUUCAAAAGCCGACAUCCUGCCGAGCUCGAAAUACUAUAGGAUUAUGCUGCAAGAUAAUCAGUUUCGCAACCGCGCCUAAGUAAUCCUUCCUAAUCGAAGACUCAUUUCAGAAUUUCAGCCAACGUUUCAUGAGAUCGGUCACUUACUGUAGCACUAGAUGCCGUGCAAGUCUCUUGCACCUGUAUCGUGGGACACUGGGUGGAUGUCGUCGCUUGCGACGGUCGAAUUGUCGUCGCACUGCCCGUCUACUGUUCGAUCAGUUGGCCACGCCUGCAUGUCUGUGAUUGGCCAAGUGAAAAAUUAAAGAAGCAUAGGUGCCCUAGUUUGUGAAAGUGUGCUCGCCCCAUGACGCCGAGCGUCCGAGUUGGACGCGCCAGGCAGAGAGUGAGUCGCAAUUCCUUCGCGCUGGACUGGCGUCUCGAGUGUGGACAUGCUGGAUCAGACGGAUCGAUCAUGUACGUAACUCAGCAGCCAAACGUCCAAAACACGUGUCAUGCGAUCAAGUCGGCGACUUUAGCUAUUCCACAAAAAAAACAAAAUCAUUUCCGAAAAUGAACCACAGAAAAAAGGCUAGGUGGAGGCGGUACCGUUAGACAACUUCCCCAGUAGGGCGCAUUCCAAGCCAAAAAGUACGAUACCGGCUCACAUGUGUCGGUCAAAUGUCCCACAUCGGUGCCACCGGGCAAAUGGAUCCCAAGGCGUAUCAGCUGAUGUGCAGAAGACGAUACUGACUGAUAGGCGCCAUGGCUCGCGCGGGAAUACCGACAUGGGGCAUGCCAUUUACCGAGGACGUACUUCAGCGUACCGCCCAGCAUACCAUUAACCCCCCUCCGCACUGGGCACAUUCCAUCCGACCGUUUCAAGAGAAACUGGCUGAGAAUACCGCGAUUACGAUGUCUUCUUAUGCAGGUCGCAUCCUGAUUUGUCAAGACUCUAAUGGCCGCCUCAGUGUGCUCAAUUGGCUAUUAGGGGGCGUUUAAGUUGUAGCUGAGGUACAGAAGUUCAAGUAAACAGCCCUUUUUCGAUAACCUCCAGUAAUUAUUCUUUUCGUAAUUUCCACCUACCAGUGAGUUUUCAAUAAUCAUGAAUGGGUCCAGAACUCGAGAGAGAGAGAGCCCGUAAAGCACGACGGAACGAGUGAGCUCCGUAAGAACGAUCGGUGAGAGCCCCCUACAACUGUAUAUUUCCGAUCGAAUCCGACAGGGCAACGGGCUCGUGGCCCAGUGUUUAGAGGCUUAGAAUUCUAACUAACAGGUCGCGAGUUCAAGCCUGGGUACGACUGGCUGUCGACGGCUAAUAAGCCAGAAAUGGUCAUACUAGUCUCCCUUGUCUUUGUCGGUAAUAACACACUGCUCCAUUUAUUUUUGACAUUACUGAUGUUAUAGCUACUUAAUUCAGGUAAGAGGCCCACAGAGAAAUUGGUGCAGUGACUCAUGGUGAUAGUGGAUUUGCGCUACACCUACCGCACUGUCCUUCCUAACCCGCCUAAUUUCGGCGUCAAAGCAGUGUCAUGUGGAUCGGAGGCGGGAUUGGGCGCACUGGCGGACAAAGUUAAACAGCCCGUCUGCGCGUGCCAUACACGUGCCAGGUGGACCAGCGUUUCGCAGUGGGGUGGCAGCUCAGAUCCCAUCUGGGUGGAAAUGCCUUAGAGGUCACAGUAAGGGCCUGAAUCUCCGCACUGAGAGACGGAUCGAGCUAUCUUGUCAGUUGGCAGCUUUUAGCGCCAGAUUGCUUAUAGUGAGUAAGGUGCUCUGGGUACCGUGGAGAAGAAGGCCUCAUAGUCGACCGCACUCUUUCAUCCACAUCACAGACAGCAGUCCACCGUCCGAGCCGGUCAGCUCUCUGGUGCGGAUACUGAGCACAGGUGGCUGGCGCGGCGUGGGACGGCGCCUAGGUGUGCCACCCACCGCCCACAUGCGCUACAUUUGUUACUGGUACGCAGUCCGAACAACGCGUGUUGUGCCCUAAUCUAGCUCCCGUGUUUGUCCAGCGUAUCUCCAACGUGGCCUGUUGUAGGGGGGUAACGGCAACAAAAUUCAGACUACUAGCACAGCGCUGGUCAUAUUCAAACAGUUUCAAUAGCUUCGCUUUCCCUAUCUCUAUUUUCUACUGUCAUUCGCUUAUUUAACAACCCUCAAGCUCACCACAACAAUUGCGACCACCACCACCAGUGCCAUGUUCCAAUGGUGACUGUCCGCCCUGAGCGAACCUAAGUAGUUUCGGCAUUCCCGCUCACAUCUGUAAAUAUGAUCUCCGUUUUUUGCGUGUCGCCGGUGCGCCGAUCAAAAUUUCGCUUUUCCUCUUUUACUGCUGCUAUUACUCCUACUCCUACUCCUACUACUACUACUACUUCUACUGCCGUCAAUACUACUACCGCCUUCUCUUUUUUUCCUAUAUCCUCGUCACCAACAUCAUUGCAACCGCACAAAUCAGGGCAAUUAAUCUUUAGUGGCAGUUCGACCGCCGAUUCCGACGAUGUCCCCCGUGUGCUACGCAGUUAGGUGCAGCAGAUACGGUGACUUGUGUGCGAAUUAGUGAUAGAAGACUUUCGCACUCUCUAUUCCUCACUCCUUACCUGGAAUCGGUGUCAAGACAGAAGCAAGAGGACCGCAGGAGGCGGAGGGCGCAGGUGGAUGGCACGUGCCACCACACCCCCAGGUCCACAAUAUAUACCUGACCAGGGUUUUUCAUCAACAAUAACAACAACACUCCAACAGGGGUCAGAAGGACGAGGAUGAUGACUGGGCAGCCAUGCCCAUCACCUGUAUACCCAGCAGAAGCGCAAGCGCAUCUACCGGCAGGAAACUGAGUGUCAGGGAACUGCCACCGUAUGCCAGGCUGCGAGGGCCAUGGUUUGCUGAUACUGGCAUAGCACACGCCUUCAGACCUUUUGACCAACUAGUUGUUAGUAGGAGGCAAACAAAUACCCUGAUGAAGCUUACUGCCCACAAUGUGCACAAAGACGAGUAACUUCUACUAAUCAAUGCUGCACUGCUUUUAAUGUCCACAGGCUAACACCGGUUGGCGUCUGCUUCAUGGUGGCCUCCUCAGUAGCCUCCCGUACGGACAUCCAGUCGGACUUUGUGCAGCUGGGUCUCUUCAUUGCCACUGUUCUCACCGGACUAGCCAUUCAUUUCAUCCUCAUCGUGGUCAUUUUGUUGGCCGCCAGCGGAAAGAACCCCUUCCGCCUGCUGAAGUACAGUGUCGAACCCUACCUCAUCUCCUUUGCAACCACAAGCCCGUAAGUCUUCCACGCAUCUUUUCACUUCUACUGCCAACAAAAGCAUUGUUUAUCUGAGAAUAGACUGUGGUGGCCCUAUCGCGAGCGCCCGUCGCAACGCUGGGCCUCUCACGAGUGUCUGUACUUACGCAUCAGGGCUGUUUGGCGUUCGCCAAUCAGAUUCAAGGCCGAGUAAGACGCGUCCUGGCUUAAGACGCUUUGACGCAUCCCCUGGCGACACUGGGGGCGCCGCUCUUCUGGCACCGGACGUAUCCUCGUCCAGUUGUUAACUCCCUCCGACUCCUCCAGUUAUUCUGUGUAGAGUACAUCAUCCUCUCAACUGGCGCCCACCUUGGGACCAUGUCUGGAGUUCGUGGUAGCCAGUGUCUCGUCCACGGCUUUGGCUUCACUGAUAAGACCUCUGGACGGUGUUUUAUAGCCGUUGGGAGUUAAAAGCAGCUGGGUCGGCCGUCAGACCCUGUGGUCCACAAAGGUGCCUCCCGACUUGCAUAUGGCUGCCGGAUUUUGUGGCCCCGCACUAUCUAUCGUCCCUGGUCUUCCGGCGGCUGGGGUGAUGGUCCGGUUGUCAGCUCAUUCUUGUUUUCGAGCUAAGUCGUUUGCAGGUGGGAGUCCCGUGCAUGCUGUCUUCACAUCCCCCCGCCCGUACCGAGCGUCAAACUUGUCGUUUUUAUCAGCAUUCCCCCGGAAGUGUCAGUCGACUGCUUUGUACCAAAUCAGCCCCGAUCAGACCAUUUAACGCCUCUUCCCCUAGAAGAAUGCUGAUUUCCCAAAAAUAUGUUUGCGUGUGGGAUAUUUCGAUGUGAUGAGGAAUUUUCAAAGUUACAACUACUGGGCUAGAUACACAGCAAAUUACGAAUGUAUAUGCCACGUACCUGGCGCCUAUGAAUCCGCUGGCUACUUUUGUGAUAUGGUCGGCUGAAGAUAUCAUGAACGAGAUUGUUAGCCCAAUCCUUCUUGUUUUUGUCGAUUUGCUCUCACCAUCCUCCGUUUAGCGGCCUGUUGGAUGUCCGCUAUAUGACCGGUGUCAGAUCUCAUUUGGUCUCGGAAGUAAAACAUAUCGCCUAGUCUUUAGACAUAUGGGAAUGAGUAUCCAGGCCACUUCGACAUGUAGAUGUUCGAUUUUUCGCAAUCAGUGCAAUCACUGCUACGAUGAAAGAUUUACACAGCGGCCGAAAAGUAGACUUAGACGACAUAUUGCGCUAAUAUAAAUGUUCGUCAUAAUUAACAUCUUCUACGGGAAACCAGCGAAAUUCUGGUCCACAACAUCGCCCCCCCCCCCCCCAAUGACUAGGGGCAGAUCAGCAGAUUGGUUUAGAUGCCUAAAGAUGCCGAAGCGACCACCGUUGUGGCUAUGGUACAGUCCGCUUUUACACAAGUCUAGAAAUCGGACGAGAUAGAGGACCUCAUUUGACAGUAAGUGCUCUCAUUGGCAAUGCCGCACAAGCCAGCAGAACAAGACGCCCGCCAGGUGUUAAACGCUAGUAGAAACACUGUGGCACUACCAACAGACCGAGUGAUGUCGGCGGCUGUACUGAAGAAGGCUAAAUUCUUUAAAAAGGCCAAGAAUAAGCUGGAUGUUUGACUAAUAGACGGAAUCUGUAGAAUACUCGAUAGUCCGACACUGCAGCAGCGUUGGCGCAAGCAUGUUAUCUUGCGUAUUACAGUCUACUUCUCAAAGUUUUAAUCUUAUUUCUGUCCGUCUGCUUCAUUUUACAGGGCCGUUGCCAUUGGAGAGAUGUACGAUGGCCUGGACCGGUACGGAGUGAGCCCCCUAAUCUCCCGCUUCACCACACCUCUCUGCUCGGCCAUGAAGGGUGAUGGGCCGGCCAUCUUCAUAACCUCCGCUGUCCUCUUUGUCGCUCAGCAAGCCGACGCCAAUCUUGAUGUGGGACAGGUCCUAGUUGUCCUGUAAGUGGCCCCGGAAUGAAGACAGAGGGUCUGGUUUUUUAUCCUCCUCCUCCUCCUCCCCCCCUCCUCCUCCUCUACCUCCUCCUCUCCCCCUCCCCCAAUCGUCCCUCUCCUCAUGCCCUUUUUCCUCCACUCCCUGCCCCAUCAUCCCAAACCCAGUCCCUUGUUUUUACAGCUGCUGUGAUCCGUAUGACAGAUAGGACAACUUUCCGGAGGCUGCCAUUGAAUGGCUGUUAAAUGUAACUAAUCAGAGUUAGAUAGCCGAGCCCGUAGCUGUCCAAACUCCUUACUGGUGGGCACACACUGCAGUUGAGACUGUCGGCUGUAAGACCGAUGUUGUCACGACAUGGCAGCGUCCUACCAAGUCCGUCCAGAGGCACAGUUUGGAAGGCCUAACUACUCAUACGAAUGGAUGCAGCCCUACCCAGUAAACACAGAACCAUCUGUCUUUUAAGACAAGCCCAGAGCAGUCGACCCUGUAGCUCUAACUAUCCAAAAUCCCCUGCUAGCAAUUAUUCUGCAGUGGACCUAUCGCUGUCAAGGUUUGUUUCCUUCACAAAAGGAUCGCAUGUUGCGGAGAGUUCUGGCCUUUAAAUUGUAUCAGGUCGACUAUGAAGCCGGAUAACUUUCAAAAUCCGGUUUGAAAAGGUCUUACCGCUAAAGGCAAGAGUGCCUACAGUCGCCACUCUUGAAGUAUAAACCGCCGGCAGCCAUUACUACCCAUUCCCAGGUCUGGCGUUUGAACUAGCAUCCGAUUGGUCCGUGAGCUGAACGCUGUGCCAGGAGACCACCGGUUCACGCUUUGUCAACCGCGACCGGAAAGGUUCAAGACCACAUGAGUGCGACGUUUUCUGACCGAGCCACUUUGCGAGAGAAAAUGUGGAGCGGGAGAGGGGGCAUGGGUGAUGUUUUACAGCGGUGUUACCUCCGAGGACCCUCACGGAUUGUCGUAGGACAAGGAGUAAUUAAGACUGAAACAGGGAGCUUAAGCACCAUCACCCGAACACUCCUAAGCGUCGAAUGUCUUCACUGAGCAAGGAGCAUUUGUACCGAAACUUGUAUAUAUGGCGGGUGUCCCAUUGGCUGAUCAAACACCAUUAGAUGCAAUCCUCGAUACAAGCGAAGAUGCGAGUCCCAGAAACUAGUUGAUGAGAAAUGGAAGCGAUCGCUGGAACAAGGGCCUUAUUCGCCUGACGUUUCGGAUUCUCACUUGGACCCAUCAUCUGAGACAGUGAAAGAAAAGAUGCGAUUCUGACGAUGCCAAACGGAGGCUUUACAACAGGCUAAUUUUUACGGUGCAGAAAUUCGAAAAACCUACUAAAUGCGCUCUGAAGUUGCUUACUGACUUCAGCCUGCCCAACAGAUGGUCAUCCAUGUUCUGGUGCAAAUGACUUAAAAGUCAUCCAUGCGUUGGUAUACGUACCGUCCACUCCAACUUUCGAGUGCGUCUGCCAGUCAGCUCGCCAGAUCUGAAACACCACCAGCGUCAGCAUUCUCCGUGAAGUAUUAUCUCAGGAAGUGCAUUUCUCGGCCCCUUCUCCAUGUGGCUCACCUACUGCAGGUGUGAUCCGAGCCUGAGAUGAUCACAGUGCGCCAAGUGCCCUAGCUUGGAAGGUUGCCAACUGACGCUUCAACUCAGCCCUCGCAGUCAGCCCCGUUGUGUGUUUGUGUUGAGAGGUUGACCAGUGGACUGAGAGUCAGAUUAAAAUGGAUCCUUCUUAGUGUGACUUCUAUGGCAUUCUCACUCCGUGGGAUUCCGGCCGGGUAUGGCACACGCCUAGAGGCGACUCCGGUUGCGCCAGUCAUCGCUCCUGAUGCAGUUGGUUAGAAUCCUGGUCAAUUGUUUGUUGUAGACUACAGCCUGUGGUGUCAAGCCUGGGUGCGGGUCCGGUCUCGCCCUCUUGACCGGGUCUUGACACCGGGCCCGGGUGUGGGGAUAGAGACGAGUGAGUGCGGUAGACGCAACGCAAGUCCACCAUCGCUAUAAAAGAAAUUCCGUGCAAGUUGCCGUGCCUGCUCUCACCCUGCUGCAGAGCACACGGUGAAUAUGGUCAAUCACGACGAUCCAACUGUCGCGUUAGUGCCUGCUGAGGACUUCACUCGAUUCGGCAGUCCGACAUUGCUGGCCAGGAAGCACGUCCGCGACCUCUGAUGUUAGGACCAUUCACGCAUCCGCUAGCCUUUGUUAUACGACAGUGCACUCUUACCGCAUUGCCUUCACGGAGUGUCUUGUCGAUAAGCGCUAUAAGUGCUAAACCUAGUUUCUAUUAUUUUUUUCAGGUUUCUGACAUUCGCGUCCUCAUUAGCCGUGCCAAACAUUCCCAGCGCCAGCAUGGUCCUUGUGGUCACUGUGCUCUCCUCUGUCGGCGUUCCCACCGAGGGCGCUGGGCUGCUUUUUGCCAUGGAAUGGUUCCUGUAAGCAAAUGGAUUUUAUUUUGUCUCCUAUGAAAUUACUUUAUGCAUGGGCGGGGGGCUUCUGUCUUUAAAGCAGAACUUUUAAGCGCCUUCCAGGGGGACCCACACAUGCGCACAAACUAUCGCUAGACCAUGGCAGGGGGGGGGGCGCUCAUCGAUCGUUCUUACGGAACUCACUCGUUCCGUAGUGCGUUACGGGCUCUCUCUCUCUCGAGCCCAAGAAAAAGGAGACUAGUUUCCCUUGUCUUAAUCAGUAAUACCUCAUCGAUUUACCUCCUGGAAAUGUCGCCUAGGUCGGGAUUUACUGUGUAUCUGAGCACACAAAGGUAGGAAUUUUGAUGAUCGAUAUAGUCAGUAUGCCCUCCUUAGAAAGUAAGUGCCCGAACGUAUCAAUUUUUUGGUAAGUCUCAAGUUAGCAUUCGAGCUGUUGAGACUGAUCAGUAAGCUUAGGGCCGGGAAGAUCUUACAUAAUGCUACGACUGGCGAAAUGGACUCAACCGGUUCUGUGUAUUCUAGUUCCCACUUGUCUAAUGUUUUAGAAGACGCAUCAAAAAGUCCGAGAUUUCGAGCUAGAAUCCCCAAAAGAAGGAGCGAUUCCUUGAAAACACUGCGUGACCUUAGGGUGUUUUUUUCCAAAUCUGGAAAAAAGUAAACCUUACUGUGAAUAACUUGUAACAGAAGCCAACUUCGUCCUCUUGUAGGGAUCGUUGUCGCUCAGGAAGUGGCGGUCUCUCCAUCAUGUACAUUGCAGCAACAACGCAGGCCAUCUACGACCGUACAAAAAAGCACGAAAAGGAGACGGAACCGGAGGACGCUGCAUCAGGAUCUGUCGGGAGCGAUAAGGAGAAUUUGCCCGUAUAG